CUGUACCAGGGUUUUCUAUUGAGUUUCUCGCCAAGGGUGACUUCCAACCACCCUGCACUUUUCUCAGGACUGGAAAGCUCAGGCAGCCCAGGGUGAAUAAAAGCCUGAGUAGUGCAGUCAGCACAGAGGGGCAGGGUGGCCACAAGAUGGGCAGCAGCAGGGAUGGGCAUUGUGAGGCCUUGGGUGGGGCUGUCGGGCUGGACAUUGUGAGUCACUAGCCUGGCCUGGCUGUUUCCUGGUAACCAGGUGACAUAGGAACCUUUGUGGGUUAUAGGCAUCAGCCAGGGCCAGCAGCCCUCAGUCGGUAGCUAGGAGGAGGAGGAGGAGGAGCUCCGACUGUGCUGUGUCCCAGCAGUUUUUGUGCCUCUCGGCGCUUGUUGUGUUCAUUUAUUUUUCAGAGAAGACAGCAGGUCCCCGACAUCAUAGACCAGCCACUUUAGGAAGUGUUUUCAGAGUAAGGGCUGAGGCCCCAGAUCUGCCUGGGAUCAGGCUGCUUCUACAAGUGCUGUGCCAGCCUCAGUAGUUUGGCUACUAGGGCAGCACCGUUUCAGUUUCACCAAAGGCUCAGGCAGGAGUGGAGUGUGGGUGCCCGAUGGGGUGUAUACUGACCUGUUGUAUCGACUCCAGCUGUGGCUGCUGCAGGGGAGAGGAGGAACCCUGUUAUGAAUCUGAUACUUACGAGGCUGUGGCUGCUGCAACAUCAGAAUCCACUACUGUAGAGCCUGGCAAGCUGGAUGUGGGAGCCACGGAGGGCCACGACCUGCGGCACAUCAGCAACCAAAAGAUGCUCACAGGUUCCCCUGAGGACAGCCUGAGUUUAAAAUCUCUACCACCAAAUGAGGAAGACAAUGAUGAUGCCCAGGUAAGACCCCCUUUCUUUGCCUUCUAAGGAAAUGCAACUUUCCUGAUGUGAGAAACAAACUCACCCAUCCACACCCAAAGAAUGGACUCAGAGGCCUGCAGAACAGAGAAAGUGAGACUUUUAAUGAUGGUCUUGCAAGAUCGGGUGUCUGAUGGGCAGACACACCCAGCACAGUUUCAACAAGCAAUCCACAAUGCAUUGCUAUCCUAGUCAGCUCAGGGGCUCUUCAAGUAUUUGACUUAUGACCUAAGUAGCUGGGUAGGCUGAUAAGAACAGACAAAGAGCUAUUUUGCAGGCUAGUAAACUUUCAACUUAGACUAAACUUCUUUGUUAAAAUGAGGACAACUAAGUGGGGUGGAAGCGGGGAGCCAACAAGCCGGCAUUGCCUAUCCAACCAGGAGCCUAGUGUUUCUUCUGUCCUUUGCUGACCUAAACAUGUUCAAGGCACUUUGCCUUAAAGAUGGACCACUGUAUAUAUUAUUUCCUUCACCUGAUUUCUUUCCUUCUCAAUUAAUGUUGAUAUAAGAAUAUGAUGAGGCACAUUAUGUACAACAUACACAAUAGUCCUUCUUGGGGUGGAGUUCAGUGGGAACGUCUUCCCAUCUAAUACAUGACACACUAGGAUGUUUUUAAAUGACAGCAUCCAUCAUCAACUGUAAUGCAGAGGGAUUUUCCUCCAUGCCGGUUUUCCUCUUUGAAUUACGCAUUGUACUAAUUUACCAAUCUAAAUCAACUUCAAAGAAAUUCUGUGGGAAAAGCUCUUGUAUUUUCCACACAUGUCCUCUAUGCUAGAAUGCUUUGUCUUUGACAUGGACUCAGCCACUGUUUUACAACUAGUUUUCUGAAGUCAUGAAGAAACUAACAGGUCUGUGUAAGGGGU